AUGAAAAAGCGCCAGUCGUCGUCUUCCUUUGAGCAAGAAGGCUCGUUGGACAAUCGUCCGCGUAAGAGAUGCGACGGGGAAAGCCCCUGUGGUCGCUGUACGUUGGACAAGACCAGUUGCAAUUAUGGGGAGAGAAAAACUGCCCGUGAAAAAGUGUACCCUAGUGGAUACGUCGAGAUGCUCGAAGAACAGCAAGGCUGGCUCAUUUACGCGCUUCAGAAAUUAUAUCGUCACACAAGUCAAGGUGAAGGAUGGCCAGGCCAACCUUUAACAUGCGAAGAGGAUGGGCAACCACUAACCCACGACUUGCUGUACCAUCUCGGAGCACUUAAUAAGCCAAAAUAUGAGGAGCUUGAAGAAGUGGUCGACAUGAGGGAGAAGGCGAAAUGCAUGACAAGCAGCACUUUAAUAAAAACUAAGCCGGAGAUUGCGCAACCAGAGCCUUUUUCACCUGCCACUUCAGAUACUUUUGCAGGGCAAUAUUCAUCUGCACUGUCAGCUUCAACAUUCUCUUCGCAGCAAGGCCCAGACUUGAGUAACGAUUUGCAAAUAACCGAGCUACCGUCCGGCAUAUUUGCGCCCUGGACAACCCUGGAAGACCGGGCGGAUACUUCAUGCGAUCAUUUGCAGCAAUGGCCAUAUAGUUCGGGUACAUCCAAUAAUACGGACCUCACGUUGGGUUUCGAUUACUUGGCCAUACCAUUUGACGACCCGUUUGCCUCGCUGAUCCCUAGACUUUAG